AUGGGUCGCAUCAACAAAAAGACCCUUAAGCCUCGGUACGAACUGAGGAAGUGUAAGACCGUCUCACGAUACAACCUCCGAGACCGAAAGAAGAUCAAGAAGCCAGACAGGCUGGUUCAGGAGCCUAUCAAGGCGAGACGCAGAUACACAAGACGCAAGAAGACCGUCAUGAGGCCAGCCGCUCCUCCUGUAGAGUCCUCCGUCUCUCCCACCAAGACUAAGAAGACCGUUGCUUCCCGUGUCACUCGUUCCGAGACACCCUCACCUUCCCCCCCCAAGACCAAGAUGACCGUCAAGAGCCCAGAUGCCCCUUCUGAGACGCCCUCCGGUUCCCCCAUCAAGACCGAGGUGAGUCCCACCAUCACUCCCACCAUCACUCCCGCCGAGACUGCUGCGAGUCCCGCUGUGACUUCCGCGAAGACUGACGUUGUGCGUGUAUGCCUGCAGAAGACCGUUGAUCCCCGUGUCAAACAUCCCGAGACGCCUUCCGGAACUCCCCUCAAGAACAACGUGAGUCCUACCAUCACUCCCACCAUGCCUCCUGCCGAGACUGACGAGAUACACGCCCAGACUCCCAUCAAGAAACCUGUCACGACCCCCGCCCAUACUCCCAUCAAGAGUCUCGUCAAGACCCCUGCUCAUAUACUCCCGCCGCCAGUCUCGGCCAGAAAGCCCCCGGGAAGGUAG